CAGAUCAACACAAGAGGAGACUGAGGAACUGCUAUACUCUCAGAUUGUAUUUAAAAGGCCUUCAUUCCAAAAUCUGUAGUUUUCCCAGAAUAAUUUUACAGACCGUUAUUUUUUGUUUUACCACUGCAUUGUUCGUCCUUUUUAUUUUAACUAUUUUUUACAGUAACUUUUCCGUAUUCCUGUGUACCUUUAUUUUAAUUUUUUCCCCAUUGGUAGCUGUGAUUUUCAAAGGAAGAAAUGGCAAACUUGGGUGUUCAGAUGCUGGGCUUUUGUCUGGCUGUCAUAGGAUUGAUUGGCCUGAUAGCGUCGACUGCCAUGGUGGAAUGGAAGGCUUCUUCCUACGCCGGGCAGAACAUCGUGACGGCCCAGGCAAUGUACGAGGGCCUCUGGAAGACCUGCGUGUCUCAGAGCACCGGACAGAUCCAGUGCAAAGUUUACGACUCACUUCUCCAGAUGCCCGCUGAGAUCCAGGCCACUCGCGCCCUGAUGAUUGCCAGCAUACUGCUCUCAGGUUUGGGUCUGCUGGUGGCCAUGGUGGGCAUGAAGUGCACCACCUGCAUGGCGCAUGCCCCCGAGCAGAAGGACAAGGUGGCCAUCGCCGGCGGGGUGUUCUUUAUUGUGGCAGGCUUUUGUGCUCUGGUUGGAACCUCCUGGUAUGGUAAUAAAAUAGCCUCAGAUUUCUACAACCCCUUCACGCCCACCAAUGCCAGGUACGAGUUUGGCUCCGCCUUGUUCGUGGGGUGGGGUGCUGCCUCUCUCUCCAUGCUGGGUGGGGGCUUCCUGUGUUGCCACUGCCAUGGAUCUGGCUCCAAGUCCCCCCCACGAAAUCCCAAGUCCAGCCAGCCUGCAGCCUCGGGCUACGUGUAGAGGCCCUGCGGUGUUCGGGUUAAGGACGGGACCACUAUAGCUUCCGGAAACGUAAAAGAACGGGCCGAAUGCAAGAGCGGUUGCUUCGAAGGGUUGUAGUAGUUUGUGGCAUUUUAUAACAAACCUCUGUACAAAUAAAACCAUUUCGAUGACUAUGAAGUCAUGGUGACAUGUUCUGUUUGAAUUGUGACUGAAUAGAUGUUAGUUUGUCCAGUGUAUGAGUAUGUGUGCGUUUUGUGCACAUGUAUGAACGUGUAUGGAUGUUUAUCACAAAAAAUAACAGCUAGAACAGACAAUAACAAUCACUUUAUAUUUUAAACCAAAGUAUGACGUUAAUAUAGCAGAAUGGGUUAGAUGAAAGCAUAAACUGUAAAGUUUACCUUUAAAUAUUAGUUUUCUUUCCUAGUCUUCAUAGUGUUUUCAUUUCACUGGCUUUUCUGAUGUUCUAACAGCGCUUUGUAUAGCUGUUGCUGCGUUGCCAACCUGUUCUUUAAGACUCAUUUAUCAUUCACAGGAAAGCAUCCUUUUAGUCGAGAGUAUAAAUUGUUUUUAAAUGUGACAUGUUAAAGUGCCAAGGUCCCGAUUUGAAUGGUUUGAAUGAAUAUGUCGACAUAAGUGUUUUAUUUAUAAAAUUGUGUGUAUAAUUUGGGUUUAUAUACAUGAGUGAUAUCAACCAAACGGUAAUAUAAACUGAAAUUGAAAUUGAACAUUGCAGAUUUUGGUUCAUAAAUGCUGCAGUUUCUAACUAGGGCAACAAGGUUUUAAACGUUUUCUGUGCUGUAGCCUGAAAAAGGUAAAUUGUCACAAGCAGAAAUUCUCGGGGAAGUUACUCUGACUUGUAUGUUGUUACUUUUCUUAAACAAAUAAACUGGAAAAACACUAUAAUUUCUCCAAA